CUUCCGAGUUUGCUGCAGGCGUCAACGUAGCCAGAAUCAUCGAGGGUCUGCGUCCAACCUACGAAGUCAUGGAUGCAUGCCGUGAUGCCCAAAAGCAAAACUCAGAGCUCGAGAUCGCCGGCUUUCACAUUGGACUAUUCAUGAACUACUUAGGUUUCGGUGCGUCCCACAACGAAGAAGACCCUGUCCACGGCAUCGUAUUCGAAUGGCCUGUCGUUUGGGACAUGAAGAACAUGAAAGCAAGGACCCCGUUGUCACCCGAAGGCAACAUACCACGGCUUUUGCUGACCGAGCUCAGUGACGUAGGUCGCUUCACCGCUGCAGCAUGCCUGCUGCCCAAGGGUGCUUGGAGGGAGGAGUUCAACUUCGUUGGCGAGACAACCAGGAUGGACGAGGUUGUGAAUAUCAUCGAAAAGGUGCGUGGGAGGAAGAUGGAAGUCAGCUAUCGUCCGUACAAGCAGAUCGUUGAGGAAGAGGCCAAGGAGACGGUUGAGUGGCCGAACAAGUUCUGGCUUCAAGCUGAGAUAGUGCAUGCGCUGGACAAGACUGGAGAGGGCGUGAUUGUGUGACGGUUAAUGGAGUAUAGAGGUCAUGUGUGCCACGUGUGUUGGCGCAGUGCUCUUGCCCUUUCCAACAAGCCCUUUCUACCUCUGUUUGAACGACAAAUACGUCAUGUAAACAGACCCUGAUGGCCCGGUGAGAGAGACAGAACACUGAACAAGAACAACAACAAUAUAUACCGAUUUUACUGCUCGCGCGGUUACCCCUGACUUACUGCUCUGCGCGGUUACACCUUCACUUAUUGCAUUUACUGCAACAGAUUGAGCCUAUCCACAAUGAUAUGGUGCUACAGGGGAAGCCAGUGUCGGUUGAGGAGUACCUUAAGAAGUUCUGGUCGCCGUAGCCUUGUCAUAUCAACGCAGCGACUGAGAAGUGUAUGUUCGUUCCUGCAUGCUGAGA